AUGUCGUUCCCUGAAUCGCCUGCGAAAGCUUCAAUAUGUUGCGAAGAAAUCGAAGGUGCUCCACCUACCUAUGCUAUGUAUGAGGCUUUGAAGGAUUCAUGUCAGAACAAUGCAUCUUAUUUCCAACCGGACGACAGUGAGAAUGGACAGCGGUUGUACCAAGGUUUCAUAACUUUGAUUGACCAUAUAGACACAGUUUGGCCAUUAGUGGAUAAAGUCAGAAAGAUCGCGCCAUCAUAUGACUUCGAUGGGAAGUCUCCGGGAAACGGUUAUCGUAGCUUUGUUUCGGUGGUGGACUCAUGUGUUCUUCACGGGCUGAAAUUAAGCAGACAAGUCUGUUCUGGGCGGGAUGCUUUGCUCUUUAGAAAAGGAUAUUUUGUUAAGGAAGUAGAGUCUUGCAGUCAGCUCUUAGCAUCACUUGGCACCUGCCUCCAUCAUCUUCACACCCUAAUAUCCUGGGCCCCACCUGGAGAUCUGUUUCCUAUUGAAUCUCAUUCACCUGAAGAGUUGUUUUCUAGAGCUGACACAAUAAAUCAGUACUGCUUCUAUGGUAGAUGCCUUGGAUUUCAGUUUGCCCCAUCCAUACGAGGUAUCCUAAAGGGUAUAUCGAUUUGCAUGGCCGGAUUCUCCGAAGCGUACUACAGUCACGGUAACUUGAUAAGUUCUGUAUGGACCGGCGGACAGUACUUAAUCGACCCGGAGUUGAGAGCCAGACGGAUUGUAAAUAUAUCGCAGUCGGCUAGUGUGGAGUUCUGUAAGGCGUUCUGGUUUCUAACUGAGAGUGAAAUAAUGAGACGAGUACCUAGUCUAAUGUCAACGACAGUAGCUGUGAAUAAACUGAUAACGAUAACUCCGGAGCCCCUCGUAGUGUCGACCCUGGACGGGAAAGAGAAAACUAUUCUCCCACCCGCGUCACAUAUUGGCCUACACGAUCUCAACGUUAGGCUUAUUAGUGUCAAUAAGAGGAAUGGUAUGACAAACGAAACGUCGUCAUUACCCCCGGCAGAUGGCAUUAUAUUCCACUGUCAUGGCGGCGGGUUUGUUGCACAGAGUUCGAAAUCGCACGAGAGCUAUCUACGAGAUUGGGCGGCAAAGUUAAACGUGCCUAUAUUAUCUGUGGACUAUAGCUUGGCGCCACAAGCGCCGUUCCCGAGAGCCUCGGAGGAAGUUUUCUAUGCGUAUUGUUGGUUGCUAAAUAAUAUGAAGGAGAUCGGCACUACAGGAAAACGAAUAGUAUUCGCCGGAGACUCAGCUGGUGCGAAUCUCUUAGCGGGAUGUAUAUUGAGGAUUUUGGAGUGUGGUAUUCGAGUGCCAGAUGGCUUGUUUAUGGCAUACGCCCCACUUCUCGUCAGCUUUAUACCAAGUCCGUCUCGCUUAUUGUGUCUAAUGGAUCCUUUACUGCCGUUUGGUUUCAUGAUGAGGUGCCUAAAAGCUUACGCAAGCCCCAACUCCAAAGGAAAAGAGGAUAAAAGGACAAAUAAAGAACUAACUUCGUCCAACGCCACAACUCCAGUCGACGGAAACGGUUUUCUUAAAGUCAGCACAUCGCAAGAGGCUAUAAGUGAAGGGCCGUCAUCGUUCGAGGAGGUGUCUCCAUCUGACCUGGCGGAACUCCAAGCGCAUAAGUCCGGCAGCGAGAGAAGAAAGUCAUCUGAUACAACAAUUAGCGCUGCCUCGCUACAAAGCGAACACACGGCCACAGGUGUUAGCCCGACGGAGGACAAGUCCCAACAGUACGUAUCAGAUUUUCUUGACCGCUACGUGUUCGACAGUGACACGGAUAGCGAGGGGCGUCGUUUCCCCAUCGUCAAACCGAACCAAUCUAACAGGGAAGGCGAGUCAGAGACAUCAAGUACGUUGGUAGGGGAACCCCCGUUAAUAGUUGAUGAUGGAAAGGACAAGAAAAGGAUAAAGUCACGACUUAGUGAGGCAGCGACAGGUAUUAUGGGUGCUAUGUCUUCGCGCUUCGCCUACAUGACUGAUUCGAACUCUAUAUCUGGACCAACACAAGAAGAAAUGGCGGUUCGUUCAAAUUUGGACUCGUUGAUCGCGCGCAGUCCAUCUGAUGAGUUUAUGUUUUGCGUGCCGCGUGAUCCGAUGCUGUCUCCUUACUGGGCCGAUGAGAAAGUGUUGCAGAAAUUCCCACCUCUAAGGAUAUUAACAGUGCAUAUGGAUCCAUGUCUGGACGAUUGCGUGAUGUUUGCAAAGAAACUGAAGCGACUCGGAAACCAAGUUGAAAUCGACGUCCUGGAAGGCCUUCCUCAUGGAUUCUUGAAUUUGUCAUUGAUGGCGAAAGAAGCGAACGACGGGUCCCUACAAUGUAUAGAAAGGUUAAAAGAAUUAUUAGAUUUAGAAAACAAAGCCUGCACGUCGGAUAACCACUUAUGA